AUGACAGAUUUACAGGACGUAUUAAAGAAGUUAUCAGAUAUAGAUAAGAUAUUACUAUUGUGCAUCGAAACACCUAACCAGAAUUUGAACAAGUAUGGAGAGGCCCAAUUGAAUCAAACUCUACUUUUGAAAACAACAAUGGAAAUCGUUCCAAAGUUGAUACAAGCUUUAAAAAUUGUCGAAAGUGGAAGGCUACGAAAAAUAAAAAUGGACUUGAGCAAUCCUCAUUACGAAGAGAUUGCUAAUCAAAUUCAUAAUGUCAUACAAGACGAUGCCCAUUUAGAAAAAGGUGCUAUGGGUAGUUUGCAACGUUGCUUUGCAGUAAAACCUGAAAUAAAUGGUCUUCUAGAUGUAGCUAGAAGAACUUACUCAGAACUUAUAGAAGACAUCCAGAAGAUUGUCGAACAACUAAGUGAAACAUAUGAUCUUCCAAUACGUCUAAAUCAAAACGUUAUGAAGGGUUUUCAUAUUGUCCUUCCAGUAGCCCCAAAGAACAGGAGACUGUUUAAUGUUGAAGAUUUACCUUCAAUAUUCAUUCAGGUCAUCUUCAACGGAGCUAGCGUAACAAUGACCACAGAGGAGCUUGUCGUAUUGGAUCAACAAGCCAAGGAAUCGCUUAACGAAAUACAGAAAAUGAGCAAUAUAGUUAUUUCAACUUUGCUAAAGGAAUUACGUCCAUUUAUGUCCAGCCUUUACACACUAUGUGAAAAUGUUGCCGAAUUGGAUAUUCUGCUGGCUUUAGCGCAUGCAAGCACAAUAGGUUCAUACAUACGGCCAGAAUUUAACAACUACUUAGAAAUACGGAAUAGCGUGCAUCCAUUGCUAGACUACAACAGUCAAGUUAUGCCGAUUCCUAAUGAUAUCUUUGCAAGUCCAGAGCAAAAUUUUACAUUAAUAACUGGACCGAAUAUGGGAGGUAAAAGUAUUUAUAUCAAACAGAUCGCCAUUAUGCAAAUUAUGGCGCAACUUGGUUGUUUCUUACCAGCUACGAACGCUGUACUUAGAUUGUGCGAUCGCAUAUUUUCAAGAAUCGGUUUCAACGACAGCGUUGAAUUUAACGCUUCUACUUAUGUAAUAGAGAUGAAGGAGACACAGCAUAUUUUAAAAGGACUUACUCCAACAAGCCUAGUCAUUAUAGACGAAUUAUGCAGAGGAACAAACAUUGAGGAAGGAACUAGCAUUGCUUGGGCUAUCUGUGAAGAACUCUUAAUGAGUCAGGCAUUUAAUUUCUUUACGACGCACUUUCUAUAUCUCACAAGACUGAGAGAUUUAUAUUACAAUGUUAUUAAUUGUCAUACAGCAGUAGAAGAAGUGACAACAAAUUCUCAACUUUCUGAAAAGAAACUAGUCUAUAAACACAGGAUUGAAAAUGGUGUUACAAAAAUUGAAAAUUAUGGUUUAUCUCUAGCAGCUAGAACAAACUUACCAGUUGAAACUGUAAAUUUGGCUACAGAACUUGCAGAACUAAUUGGUAGAAAUAACAAGUCACAAAUAUACACAUCACCCAUCAAAACUGAUGAUGAAAUAUUGUAUGAUUUGAAUGCAAAAAUCCGUCAUGAAUCUCGUAAAACCAAUAAUAAUCCUGAAUCAUUAAUAAAAGCAAUAAUACAAAAAUUCAAAAUUGAUAAUCCUCAAAUAUUAGCAAAAAUAUGUAGAGAAAAAAGCACUCCAAACAAUAAUCGAUCAGAUAUUAGCUCUAACGGUAAAACUUCAAGUAACUUAACUACAGUUAAUGACUCCAGCAAUAAUCAAAACAGAUCGAGUAAAAUAGUCGACCCACAAAAUCUAGUUACCGUUCAAACUAAGGAAAUUCAAUCUAAUGAUUCGAAUGAAGAUAGUCUUGAUACUAAUGAUACAAAUACUUAUACAGCAGUUAAAUCGUCAACUGAAUUACUUAAUACGCUAAUAAACAUUAAUAAAGAUAUACAUAAAAAUCGGACAUCUAGUAACAAUGAUGCAGAUAGUAUAGAAAUUAAUAUAAAUAAUGAGAAUCUCAAUAAUGAAACUAACUCAAAACCAAAUAUGGAUGUUAACUACAACGAAAUAGAGAUCGAUGAUAAUUCUACAAAUGAUGACAAUAUACAAAAUGAAAAUGAAUCUGAUCUGGCAGAAGCGUUAACUCAAAUAAUAGAAGAACAAUCUGAAGAUAUUGUUAAUUCUGGUCAAGGCAGUGAUAUGUCGAUUGAUGAAGAGUUAAUGAGGGAAACUGUUGAAGAAAUAGCCGACGCUCUUAAAGAAACGACAUACGAUUUAACAUUGAAUACCAUCGUCCUUACACCACCCUUAGAAUUUAGGGAUUGA